AUGAAUUCAUCCGUAUUUCAAACAAUUCUACCUCAACUUUCGUUAACAAAUCAUUCUGGUGAUCAGGAUCAUUGGAUCCCGGCAAAGCUCGGUGUCGCAUCGACAGCUACUGUGGUCAUUGUUGACGAUGAUCAUGCGGGUGCGUUUGGAUUUAGCUCAGAGAAAUUCAAGGUUGCAGAAACUGAAGGAAUAUUUGUGGCUGAAGUGUUACGUACUCGUGGCGCACGUGGUGAGGUUUCAGUGCCGUUCAAGACAGUUGAUGGUGAUGCAAAAGCUGGCGCUGACUACACUCAUGUCGAGGGUGUUCUUCGUUUCAAAGAUGGACAGACUAAGUUCGUCAAUCUUAAUCCAGUGAUUCCAACAGUCAAUUAG